GCUCGCGUCUUCCUCUCCCGCUCGAAACUUCUCUCUCCCUCUCGUCGUCUCUCCGUCUGCUCGUCUCUCCAUCCGCUCUCUUCCUCCUUCUCUAUCUUUCUCUUUCUCGCGCCUGUGCCCUUGCUUCUCCUCAUAUCCGUCUGAUGCUCACCGCAAUCUUCUGGUGCAGGGAACAACAAUAUUGCUGCCGAUUCAUCUCGAUCCUCCAUCGUUCGGGGCUCAUAUCUAGGUUCUGUUCUAGUGCAGCUGGUUUGUAGCUUCCGCACAUUUUACCAAGGCGUCCAAUUUUUCAAGUUUUGUAGCCAUGACACCAGAGGAGGAAGUUGUGUUACAAGUAUCAUUGAUGUUGCUCACUUUACUCUUGCGAAAAAAAUUAGUGCGUGACAAGAUUGUUCAUCCACAGAAAAGUGCUGUUCGUCCCAAUAAAAACGUUAUUCGUCCACAAAAAAGCAUUGUUCAUCCACAUAGGAGCAUUGCUCAUCCAUACAAAAAUGCUGGUGAAAAGUUUGUUUACAAUGUAAUCCAUGGUCCUCCAAAAAACUGUUUGAAUUUAUUACGUAUGGACAAAGACAUAUACGUUGCUCUGUGCAAUGCACUUAAAAAUAGGAAUCUAUUGCAUGAUGCUCGUGACAUAUCUGUGGAAGAACAAGUUGCCAUAUUUCUUUACUCGGUGGGACAUAAUAAGCGGAAUCGAGCUUCUCAAGACACAUUUCAACAUUCAGGUCAGACCAUCAGCAAGUAUUUUAAUGUCGUAUUACGUACAAUUUGUCAUCUUGGAAAAGAUUAUAUUUGUCGGCUAAACAAUGAUACACCAGCUAAGAUUCAAAACGAUCCUCGUUUUUAUCCAUAUUUCAAGGAUUGUUUAGGAGUCAUUGAUAGCACUCAUGUUCCUGUGUGGGUGCCUACAUCAACACAUGGACGGUUUCGAAACCGAAAGGGCGUUCUUUCUCAAAAUGUCAUGGCUGUAGUUGGAUUUGAUAUGCGUUUCCAUUAUGUAAUGGCUGGUUGGGAGGGUAGUGCUGAGGAUUCAAGAGUAUUAUAUAGUGCACUUGAUGACAACGUUGAUCCACUUCAAAUUCCUGAAGGAAAAUAUUAUCUUGCUGAUGGAGAUUAUCCAAGUAUUGUUGGAUUGAUAACUCCAUAUUGUGGGCAUCAAUAUCAUAUGUCAGAAUUGAAUGCAUCAGGCUCUCAACCAAUUACAACUGCAGAAGAGCUAUUUAAUAAUCGACAUUUCUCUUUAAGGGCAACUGUAGAACGUGUAUUUGGAUUGCUUAGAAGUCGAUUUCCUAUAUUGAAAAGCCAAGUAGAGUAUCCUUUCUCCACACAAGUUCAAAUUGUGUUAGCAACAUGUGUGUUGCACAAUUUUAUACUUGAUCACAAUCCAAAUGCAACACAAUUUGAUGUUGAAGAUGGUGCAUCAUAUGAUGUUGAUACUAGCUCAGAGAUAGACAAUGAACAUGAGUUUAAAGUACAAGUAGUUAAACGUGGAAGCAAUGAUUCACUGAGAGCAACCAUAGCAGCUCAAAUGUUUGAAGAUUUUAACAACAGAUGUAGAAGAUGAUGCCUCGUUAGAAGUAUUACAUUGUAUUUGAAGUUAGAAAAAGAGGCUUUUUGCUAGCUUACAGCACCCUCAACUUUGAGUCUCCAGAUAUAAUGCUGUUGUCUACAAGUUCUACACUAGGACUGAAGCAAUUCAGGCACAUUUGAAAGAGGAUCUGAACCUGGAGAAGUUGGUUCUACAACACCAUAAAGACAUGCUUGUGAGGAACAGCAAUGAAUGUGUCUAUGGUCAUUUGGCCAUGUACUUCAUUUUGUGUUUUUGGUCAAGAUCUUGUAGCUACACACUUCCAUUGGGUCUGUGCUUGAAGAAUGGACACAGUAUCCAAGCAACCUGAUCUGUUUUCUUUCUUUUUCUCUUUUUGGUUAACAUGUUGAUUUUGAUACAGUUGCACUAAAAGUGGCUUUGUUUUUGCUAUAUGUUCACAAACAAGUUUAUUCA